AUGAGAGGUGACAACCAGAGCUUCCUCGAGGAUCCUCCUAAGGACUUCAUCCUUCUAGGUGUUUCUGACAGGCCAUGGCUGGAGCGCCCCCUCUUUGUGGUCCUCUUGGUGUCCUACAUUUUGGCCAUGUUGGGGAACAUCGCUAUCAUCCUGGUGUCCCGACUGGAUCCCCAGCUCCACAGCCCCAUGUACAUCUUUCUCAGGCAUCUUUCCUUCCUGGACCUCUGCUACACCACCACCACCGUCCCUCAGAUGCUGGUCAACAUGGGAAGCUCCAGGAAGACCAUCAGCUAUGGUGGCUGCACAACGCAGUAUGCAAUUUUCCACUGGUUGGGAUGCACUGAGUGCAUCAUCUUGGCCGCCAUGGCUCUGGACCGCUAUGUGGCCAUCUGUGAGCCUCUCCGGUAUGCUGUUAUCAUGCACCAUUCUCUCUGCCUACAGCUCGUGGCUGUAGCAUGGCUCAGUGGCUUUGGCAACUCCCUUGUUCAGGUAGUCCUGACAGUGCAGCUGCCUUUCUGUGGGCGGCAUGUGCUGAACAACUUCUUCUGUGAGGUCCCAGCCAUGAUCAAGCUGUCAUGUGCUGACACAGCCAUGAAUGAUGCCACACUGGCUAAUGGCUUGGGGAAGAUGGCUGGUCUACUUUACAUUACCUACAUAGCAGCAAGUGCCAUACAUAAGGUGGGUGCCAUGGAAGGAGAAAAUGUGAGUUUCCCCAGCACAGUUGUGUUGUUGGGCUUCUCAGAUUAUCCGUGGCUAGAAAUGCCCCUCUUUGGAGUGGUCCUGGUUUCUUACAUCCUCACCCUGAUGGGAAACAGCUCCAUCAUCUUUCUUUCCAUGGCGGAGCCCAGACUCCGGACCCCCAUGUAUUUCUUCUUGGACAAUCUCUCUGUGCUGGACCUUUGUGUCACCUGCACCAUUGUUCCCCAGCUCCUGGCCAACCUCUGGGGACCAGAGAAGACAAUUGCUUCCUGGGGUUGCAUCACACAGGCCUACCUUUUCCACUGGACAGGAUGCACUGAAUGUGCCCUGCUGGCAGGUGUAGAUGAGUGGGUUGAGCAGUGGGGUGAUAACACAGUAGAAGAAGGACAUGAACUUGGCCUGGGUGCUAUUGGCAGGGGGCUGGAGGUACAUGUAGAUGGCUGGUCCAAAGUACAUGAUGACAACCACCAAGUGGGAGCUGCAAGUGCUGAGUGCCUUGUACUUUCCAUCAGCUGA